AUGCCUGAUGAGCUUGAUGACUUGAGUAAAGUGCAAUCAGAGAGCGAGGCAAAAUCGUGGAAUGGCCUGUAUGUUUUUGCGAAUCCAGUUUGGAAAGCUGCAGGCUGUAUUGUUGCGAGUUUGUUUUUGUGCUUGGCGAUCCGGCUGCUGGGAGCAGACUUGUCCUCGUGGCCGGCAUUCCUGUGGUGGAGACACACUCGCGCCCCCACAGCACGGGCUGCUUUCCCCCGCCCCAGGCACAGCGAGAAAGUAGAAAGCGGCGCCGAGAAAAAGCUGCCAGCACCACACCUCCCCCACCCCACCCCACCCCUCCGGGGUCGAACUCGGCUGCACUUCAGGAUUUCUCUUUUUUUGUUGUUGUUGUUGUUGCCCAGUUUUGAAGUUGUGUGCCCGAGCCAGCCAGCUGCAAACAUUACAUCACUGACAAGAGACCCGGAUCCACUCCCAACUUUUGGGCAAUGGCUCUGCUCAAGUUUUAGCCAGGAAUGCCCGAGCCCCUCUCCCGCCGGCCGCAGAGGACAGACGGCUGAACUCAAGCUGACGGCGUGGGCGCUGGACUGCUGGAGAACUUUGAUGCGUCUCAACCACUUCAGUGCGACGUUUGAAUCCGUCCUCUCUUCCUUCAUGCACUACCCGCCCUCUCGCCCUUGCCAGCAGUACCGCUAUCUUUCAGAUGUCGCCCAGAUUUCCCCCACCCCCAAUAUAACCAUUAAACAAACGUACGUUAAACCCGCUGUCUUUGCGCUCAAGUUCAAUGGUAAUCUUUGCCAGGACACUGCCUAUUCAUUCUACAGAAGCACACUUCAUUAAAUGUAUAUGUGUGAACUGCAUAAAACUUUGCACAGAAUGAAACAACAAACGAUGGUCAAAGUUGGAACGUUUCUUACACUCUGUAGAACACGGCUCAAAAAGACAAGCUUACUUGGAAUGAAUUCCAUGUUUUGUUUCCUUAAAUGUAUGAUAGAUUAACCUUUAAUACUCUCUAAAUAUAAUUCAGUAAAUUUGUAGUCUUCCUUACCUUGUGGUAUUGAGGUACUAACAUUAGAGUUUCAAGGUUAAAUGAAUGUCCUGACUACACCUAUUUAUUUGUAACAAUAAACUUGCAUGGCAAAAAACCUUUUGGAUACAAAAUUGGCUUGAAUGUAGAA